GGAGGGGUAAUGGAAGAGAGGGGGGCUCACUCCGCAAGGCUGCGUUUAGACAAAAAUCAUGGCGGAUGGCCCCAGGUGCCAGCGCAGAAAACAGACACAGCCACGACACAGCAGCGUGAGGAGUUUAAGAAGCGUGCCAGAGGCGACCUCAGAUUCAGAUGAUGAAGACAAACUGCACAUUGUAGAGGAGGACAGUAUUCACGAUGAUCCCGGCCAAAAGCCCCCAGUGUUACAGCUCAAAACUUCACAACAAGACACGGUCAGCCAAGACGAUGGUAGCCUGGGGCCAGAUGCUUCGAUACAAGAAAUAAGGGUCAAAGAGGAGUGUGUCACUGAUGAGGAGGAUGAUUGUGCUGAUGUUGAUGUGACCGCUGAGGAACAGCAGCAGGCAGAAAUGAAGGCCAUUUACUCAGAUACCCCAGAUGAGCUUCAGAGCACUCCAGAGAGAGGAGUCCACGAUGAAAACGGAACUCCCGACGCAUUCUCUCACAUGUACACCUGUCCCCACUGUUCCCGUGGUUACAAGCGCCAAACCUCUCUAAAAGAACACAUUAAACUCCGGCAUGAGAAAAGCGAGGACAACUACUGCUGUUCGCUGUGUAGCUACACUUUCACCUACCGCACACAGCUGGUCCGUCACAUGACCGCACACAAACACAUCCGGGAGCAGCGCAAUAUUUCUCAGUCAGGUGGAAACAGGAAGUUCAAAUGUACAGAAUGCUCCAAGGCCUUCAAAUACAAACAUCAUCUGAAAGAACAUCUUCGCAUUCACAGCGGUGAAAAGCCAUAUGAGUGCUCAAAUUGUCAAAAGCGCUUUUCCCACUCGGGGUCCUACAGUUCUCACAUCAGCAGUAAGAAGUGCGCAAGUGUGACGUCCGCAGUCAACGGCUUGGCCCGCACACCAGGGGUAAAAACAACUCUAAUGCUCUCUCGCCCUACACCCAUCCUCCUGAGAGAGAAGGUGGAUGUUACCAACAAGCCUUUACAGGAGCAACUCCCCCUUAAGCAGAUCAAACAAGAGCCUGUUGAGCAUCAAACCAAACCUGUGUCAACAACGCCCACUACCACCAAUGGAGUUGUUCAGUCAUCAAACCCGCAAGGUGUUGUUCAGACUUUGGUGGUGCCCACUCUCGGGCUAGUCCAUCCAUUCAGCAUCAACCUUAGUGACUUGCAAAACGCAAUAAAUGCAGCGAUGGACGGUAAUGGUGCUCGGCCAGUGUUGGUUAGCACCAACGUGAACGGGACAAAUGCCAAAAUCAUAGGCCAAGUUCAGACGCCAACGCCAACGCAGCCGCAAGCUGUUCUGUUACAAACGCACCAACAGCGACAAGUGAUUUCUGCUUUCUCUGUGCCAGUUGUGGGCCAGGAUGGAAAUGCCAAAAUUAUUAUUAACUACAACCCCCAACUAGAACCACAACUUAGAAAUGCAGCAAAAGCAAAAACAUCACAGUCUGUUGUAGAGCAGUCAACUGUGACAGAGCCUGUUGAGGAGCAAACUGAUACGGCACAGGUUAAAUAUACUGUAUCUGAUGUUAUACAGCCAAACGUAGCGCAGGGUCUUUUAUCCCAGUCCAAUGUGACUGAAACCCAAACAUCACUUAGUCCAAAACCUACACAGGUUAGUAUAGUUCGACCGAUCCAAGUCGGAAACUCCAGCAAACCUGCAUCCAUCAUCAAGAUAACACCUGCGCAGGCUGCCAGGUUGGUCCAGGCACGCGCGGCACAACCAAAGUUCACCCAGCAAACUCUUCUGCUAGUGAGAAGAGCUGAUGGGACGCAAAGCCUGGUGGUUCGUCAGGUUGCUGUUGGCAAUCCCAACACGCAGGGAACUCUAGCUGUGGAGACCAAAGCCACAGAGAUGACCUCAACCUCAGAAAACCCUGUAAACAUGCAAGUUGAAAACAUAAAAAUUAAAACCGAACCUGAAUCUCCGUCCAAACCUGAGACAGAGAUGGAUGCAGACGGAGAGAAGGACGUACACACCGAUGGAAAUGAAGAGGAAGGGAAACAAACAACGGUGGAAGAUAAGCUGACAGUCUCACAUUCUGGAACGGUUCACAGCGGUGUUGCCUGCGGAGAUAACUUCCAUAACUACGCCACUUGUCUGGUUUGCGAUAACAGCCCAGGCAAACGUAAUGGCAUCGACUGUCUGAACGGUGACGCCAAAGGGUCGCCUACAACGAUCUCUCUCACCUCUCUACUAGAUAAGGAUAAAAGUGGAGCGGCAGAACGUCUCCUUCCUCUCCUCAAGGCCUACAGUCAGAACCCUCAGCCGACGGAGGAGCAGCUGUCUCAGGUUGCGAAGAAGGUUAGACUUCCUUUAGAGGCAGUCAGCAAGUGGUACCUGAGGAUGCGUUCCAAGAGGAUCUUGCUCCAGGGUGAAAAAAAACAGAAAAAUAAUAACCAAGAAAGAGCAUCAUGUGACUCAACUCAAGACACCUGCACUCCUGCUAGUCCCCCCGAUAACACCUCAACAGAGCUCCAAAAUGGACUCCACAGCGCCAGUCCUUCUCCUGUCCCUUCUCCGACCAGCGUGUCCACCGAAGAUCUUAAAGUCAUUGUGAAGACAGAAGACGUGGAAGAGGAGUUGCAGUCGGAGCCUCUGGACCUCUCGCUUCCUAAAUCCAGCCCCGCUCAGGCCAACGUCACCACCAAGCUGCCAAUCUCCGCCCAAAAGGAGCCGCUCAAUCUCACCUGCCUCAAAAAACAAGAGUUUCUUGGCAACACCAUCUAUGUGGCGCAGACCUGCUCUGGUCCGUUAAACAUCAUGGCAACGUCGUUGCAGACACUGGUUGCCAUAGCAGAGCCAGGCCAUGCCCCCUGCAUUGGUGCUACGGUCUCUGGUAACAAACAGACUAUCCUCAUCCCUCAGCUCACGUAUACAUACAACUCCAACGUGAAGACGACCGACAGCACCGCUGUGAACACAAAGGGGAUGGUGGUACUCAGCAGUUGCCUGAAAGUAACAGAUGCUACGACUGACUCAGUGUCAGCGAAAGAGGACCAGAAUGACGAAGCCUCAUCUGUCCAGAAAAAGAGGAAGAAGAUUUCCGGUGGCCUGUAUGCCUGCAAUCUGUGUGACAAGAUCUUCCAAAAGAGCAGCUCGCUGCUGCGACAUAAGUAUGAGCACACAGGAAAGCGACCAUACGAAUGCGGCAUCUGUCAAAAGGCUUUUAAACACAAGCACCACCUGAUCGAGCAUACGCGACUACACUCUGGAGAGAAGCCGUACCAGUGUGACAAGUGUGGGAAACGGUUCUCUCACUCUGGAUCUUACUCUCAGCACAUGAACCACCGAUACUCCUACUGUAAGAAAGAGAGCAAUGAGCAUCCAGACCCGAACAGUACCCCCACGCCACCCUCUCAUCUCGACUCUGACGACAGAGAGAGCGAUGGGGAGGAGGAAGAGGAUUUAUCCGGUCUGGACAUGAGCGACAUCAGAGUGGUUCGAAUAGGGGAGGAAUAUGAUGAGGAGGAGGAAAGUGGGGGAGAGGAAAAGCAGGGAAAUACACAGGAAGAUACAGAGGAAGAAGAAACGACGAUGGAGGUGGACACUCAGGAAGAGGAAGUGUGGGAAACUAUGGAAACGGAGGACGCUUUGGAAACUGAGGAAUCAAGGGAGGAAUCAGGCUACAUUGAAGGUGACCUAAAUCAUGAAGAAAAUGCAGAGAUGGCAACUGAAGAGGAACAAAAUGACUGAAGGAGUUGUCACGUAGGACAUGGUGACCUUCUCAGCAUCACAUACAAUCCCCGGAUUGCCAUGGAAACUGUUUCAGCGCUUUACUGUGUAUAAAGCCCAGGUGUGCCUGAUUCACAAACAAUAUGUUCCUUGUUUUAAAGAAAUAUUCAGCUUUAACAAGGAAAAAGAGAAAGAAAGUCCAACGUAAAUAGACUUCUUGGGACUUUGAAGUUUGUUGUUUGCUUGGUUGUGUUACUGAAUCGCCCCGGUAUGUCGAUUUAUCAGUGUUCAUGUUUUACUUUUUUCCGGUUUUAUUCUCUGUACAGUCAGAUUUCUAUACCUUUUAUACUUGCCAAUGAAGUUUACGAAAUCAGUAUUUUAGAGUUUUGAGAAACAAAACUAAAAUCCGCACUGCAGGUAUAACCGGUUUACUCACAGGUGUGAAUCUCACAAGAACUGUCAAGAAACACAUUUUACCCCCAAAACUAAAGAAUUUUUAAAUUCAACAAAUUCAGCCUGUUAUAAGGACUGUUAUUUUUUGUUUUUGAAAUGUAAAACAUUCAUGACAGUUAAAAAUCCAAUUGCAAAUUACAUCUUAAGUAUACAUCAAGUAUUUUCUGUCCUAAUACAGAUUAUUUUAUUAAUGUAUUUACUUGUAUUAUUUUAAUUCAUGUAUUAAUGCAAAGGGUGUUAGAGGAUGAUGAUUUGCAUUCAUAUUACAGAAAUGAAAAUUGGGAGUAUUAGGGAAAUAUUGUCAUGAAAAUCGUCACAAUGCAAAAUAUCUGCUGUCCUAACGUUUUCACUUCUUUUUCUCUUUAUUUUGGGGUGAAAUGUGACCCGGACAUUUCUGUGUGAGAUUCACUAACAGAUACGUAAUGCCUCAAGUUUAAGAUACCAUUCAGUAUUUUUACCUAUUUAAAACAAGCAAGCUGUUGUUGGCAUUGCCUUGUUUUCCCACCGGACUGUUUGUCUGCCUUAUGAAGGAAAUUAGUUUGCACUUCACCAUCGAGAGCUCAUCUAUAAAUACGGAGACUUUUUUUUAAAUUAGCAAUUGCAAAAAAUGGUUACAGGAAUGCGUCUUGUCAUUUUCCAAAUGAAUCAUUUUCCUGAUAGCUUUUAAACUGUACAUUGACGAAACUGAAAAAGGGUUUUACCAAUUCAGUUUUGUAUAAAGCACUCCAAAACAGUUCUCAAAUUCAUUUGUUUUAAUAAAUCACCAAAAUAUGUUUUGUUAUAGAAGGUUCUCUAAACUUAAGUACAUAAUCAUGACAUUAUAAGAAAAAGAAAAACUUCAGUCAGGGAAAUUGUUUGUUGUGUCAACCUCAAAGCCAAUUUUAUGUGUUAUUUCUUUGACCUUUGUUUGGCUUUCUAUUGUAAUAUUAGUCUGUGUGCCGUCGUUUAUAGUAGAUGAUCUAGAGAACUGCACACCCAUAGCCUUAUGCAAGACCGCCAAGCUGUAAAUGUCAUUCACAACGUUAAUAUAGUGUUCCACAGACAAUCUAGACUUUUAGUCAGCUGGCCAAGAAAUAAAGUAAAUUAAAUGAGAUAAAUCCCAGCCAAUUGUCAAGAAGUACAGAUGACAAAGACUGUAAAAAAAAGUUUGUGACACUGCCCUCUAUCUGUGAUAAUCAAAAUGGCACAUCAUCUAGCUGUUCAGUGUUUCAGUGUUAAGAAAUGUUAAUUGUUUUUAAAGCAAACAGUCUUUCAUCCUCUUUAAGCUUACCUUUGUGAACUCAAACACAAUUAUUGUCAACAAAAUGAACUGUAUUGUUGAAAUAAGAUAUAAUAUUUAAAGCCGUAUUAAACCAAACCCAGUAAAUUGUAACUGCAUGUCAUUGAUAAGAACAUGUACAUUAAGGAAUUUUCUGCAUUUCACAACUUUUUUGUUGUAUGCGACACCUCGAGUUGAAACAAGUAAUUGAACUAGGCAAUUAUUACAAAUUAGUAGUAAGAUAAAGAAUAUUUUUUCUCCCAAUAUACAUCAAGGGUAUGAAUCAUAGGAUUGUAUAGAUAAAGUGUGUGCUAGUGUGGGCAGUAUUUGUCAGUUAGAGCCAAAAUUUCCCUUCAAGUUACUGAUUUAGAUUAAGAUUAAUAAGGCUCGAGGCUUGACAGCCGAAAUAAAAUAUUGCAUCUAAAAGCCAGCGCGCAGGAAAGAUACACUCGAUUAUAGGAAAGCAAAAAUGGCUAGAUAAGUGCAGAAUGAAAACAGCACUUGCAAUAUGUGUAUAGACUUCAAAUGUUUUUAGUUGACUGUUUGGGCAAACAUUACAGUAUUAUUAAUCUCAAUGUAUUGCUUAAUGUUUAUUCUUUUUUUAUGUUUAUGCAUGUGUAUAUUGUGUUUACCACCAGUAUUAUUGUCAUUGACAAAUGUUUCAUUUUUUAGAUACUUCUUAUUUUUGUAUUGCUUUAUUUAUUACAUGUGUAAUACACAAUACUGUAGUUUAACACAAUGAUAUAUUUUAGAAUUGAUCUCAGUGCCACGAAGGAGUUUAUACCAUGAAUAUGAAGCUGAACUUUACAGUGUUAGUUUUUUAAUUUUAAGUUACUUUAUAUUACUACAGAAAGGUAAUAAUGAAGUCAUUUGCACUCAUUGCCAGUUUGGUCAAACCCACUUCUUCAGCAACUUUACAGUAAAAAAUCAUAACUGACCCUUAAACCUGUGAUAAAAGAGCAUGAAUUCAUAUUGUUGUACUGGUGUUAAAAUUGCUAUUUUGAAACCAAAAUAAGUCAACUCAUUUUAUCUCCAUGUGUUUUCAUUUGUGCCAAAUUUGCAUUGUGUGUGUGUGUCAUAUUUCCCAAAAGGGGAAGAUGAAUCCAUCAUUUGUAGAAUUUGUCUUCCUUUGUUUCUUUUUAUGAUUCCCCAUAUAAUAAAAUGAAGUGAACCAUCAA